AGACUGUCUGUCUACAGAUGUUGGCCUUAUCCCUGUUUUGAAUGCAUGUACUUUCCACAAAUUGGAUAUUAUACCUGGUGACCUACACGAGUCAUUAUUAUCAGAUACACAGGUCACAGGAUAUAUAUUUUUUUAAACUUCAAAUAACAAUCACUUUAAGUAGCUAGCUAUCUGUAAUAGAACAAUCUGUUGAAGUGCACAAUCUCACCCUUAAAAAAACAGCAUUAAUUAUUGUAGGAAUUACACCAACAGAAUAGCUGCAAAAGUGUUGUUGCUCUGUAGAAAGUAAGAUAUUCCUGUUUUUAGACAGCAGCAUAUUUCACCAUACAUUAAGUUUGCAAUAUUAAUGAAUAUAUUUGCUAAAUGUUGUCCAAAUCAUGUAAUCAAUCUGCUCCGCAAAUUAAACCAUCAACAAUAUCAGGAAUUCUUACCUCUCUUCAGUGGCAGACAUUAUGAGAAAAUAAAAAAUAAUGAAAAAGGAAUUUCCUUACAACCAAAACAAUUGCUAUUCAAUAGACGUUCGCCAGAAUAAUUCACCAUCCGUGAAGYGCCAAGUAGUCCUAAAGACGGAUCCUAUUUUUCUGUUGCAGUGCAGCGCAGAUGGAACUGGACUGCUCUUCGACUGGCCUGUGUGCACCGUGUAAAGACAAACUGGAAUCAUGACAGGAGUUCCCUGGUGAUCAAUCCGCCACAUUUCCAGCAGAUGGUGCUAGAACACCUAACAGUAAAACAAGUGCAGAAAUGCGGAAAUCAAAACGUAGUUACAAAAAAAGUUCCCCAAAAACGUCGAUACUGUGUUGAAGACGAGCGGCUGCUGAACCCAGCUACCAAAAGUGUCUUCUCCGUAGUGUAAAUGUAACCGACUGAGUAGGCAUAGCUAUAUAGCUCCUGUCACCCAAUGGCAGGCCUUCAAUGUGUAAAGAUGGAUACAAUAUACAACCUUCUCCAGCAGCAUAGACUGGACGCCUACCACCACAAAUUCCUCUCUUUGGGUGUCCAAGAUGAGAGAGAUUUCACCGAUGGCGUAAAUGUGGAAGAUUUAGACAAAAUGGGYUUCAGUCAAGUAGAGAAGAAUCGCUUUGAAAAAAUGAAAGAUUUCAUCCAAAGACUCAGAGUGCCACAGCAAGCGAUGCCUGUACAAAAACBAAUGGAGUCUUUCCAACUGUGGUACACAUACCCCCACUGUCCUGAGCUAAAAGAGAUCAGAGACAUGGAUCCUGCUACAAACACAGUUGAAGACCUGAUGCUAAGGAUCUGUCACCAAGAGGGCAUUGAGAACUCUAAAGCUGUGUGCCUCUACACCAUUGAGGGAAUGCCUUUAACUGAUGAUCCUUUCUUCAACACAUGGUCUUUGAAAGACAGGCACAUUCAAAAUGGAGGUAAGCUUUAUGCCAUGUUUACACCCAAGGAGAACCUGAAACAAGCCCCCCGAACGCCACAGCGAGAGGUGAAUGACAUCAUAGGAGAGGAUAAUGUUCGAUGCCGCAUCAUGCUCAAGGGAGACUUUGAGGUCAAGGUGGACUUGGCAAGUGACACACUACGAGAUCUGAGACAGAAGCUCUCUGAUGAAAGUGGAAUCCCAGCACAUGUCCUCCAUUACAAACGUGAACGCGGUGGAGUUGGACAGACUUUGCUAGAUUGUGGAAUCAAUGAGGAGUCAACUGUGGGCUUUUCUUUGUCCUCCUUCCCUGAUGAGCGUCCAGACACUAUGGAAUUCUACUUGAAUGAUGUCGUACCCUCAGUGCAACAAUCCCAGAAAGGACUCAGUGCUUUCUUUUCUUCACUUUAUGCCAUUAACGAUAAACAUUACGGAGAGGGAUUGAACAAAGUGAUUGCAUACAUUCGAAAGCUCAGUGGAUGCAAUCCUCUGGCGCAAAGUCUGCAUCAGCUGUUGUACAGAAAGGAAAUUGGAACAACGACCCAGAAGGUUGCUAUCGUUGAAGGAUUGUACAAUCUCUUCAGAGAGCUGUUGCCAAGCCUCCACAAAAGAAGAGGUGACAAAAUCAUUGAAGACUCUGAGGUUUUUGAGAAUGCACCAGUGUGCUGGGCCUACCUGUUAUCUGAAGCAAAGAAAGAGAGUUCACAACAUGAGGUCUAUGUACCGAUAGACUUGAACUCUCAACCUGGAGAACGUUUAUGCGACCCAGUUCGAGUACCUGGGUUACCAGAUGUCUUUGAGAGAGAGUAUGUUCUGCAGAAAAUUGAAGAUGGAGAGAAAAUCCCAAACUGCUCUGUGGAGAUCCUGACAGAGACUUCAAUGUCUAGAGCCUCUGAUGUUGAAAAGAUUUUACUCAGCCUACCUCCAUCCAUCAAGACGUUCCCUGUUUGGAUUUCGUAUGGACUUGUAACUGGUCAAAAGUAG